AGAUCCACAGGGCUGCGGCUGCGGCUGCGGCGACGGCCGGCUCGGAGCUACGAGACCCGCAGCCCCGGCGGCGGCGGCGGCAGCGAGAGCAGCGCCUCCCGCCGCCGCCCGGGAGGAGCUCGCCGCGCCCGCUCGCCUCUCGGCUCCCAGCGGCGGCGGGAGGCGCGUCUCCCCGGCCCUGUCCGCGCCCGGCCCCGCGGCGCCGUCCCGGCCCGCUCCGAGAAAAAACUGCAUAGAAAAUCUCAUGGAUGAAGAUGAGAAAGACAGAGCCAAGAGAGCUUCUCGAAACAAGUCUGAGAAGAAGCGUCGGGACCAGUUCAAUGUUCUCAUCAAAGAGCUUAGCUCCAUGCUCCCUGGCAACACGCGGAAAAUGGACAAAACCACCGUGCUGGAAAAGGUCAUCGGAUUCUUGCAGAAACACAACGAAGUCUCAGCCCAAACGGAAAUCUGUGACAUUCAGCAAGACUGGAAACCUUCAUUCCUCAGUAAUGAAGAAUUCACCCAGCUGAUGUUGGAGGCAUUGGAUGGCUUCAUUAUUGCAGUGACGACAGACGGCAGCAUCAUCUAUGUCUCCGACAGUAUCACGCCUCUCCUCGGGCAUUUGCCGGCAGAUGUCAUGGAUCAGAACUUGUUAAACUUCCUUCCGGAACAAGAACACUCAGAAGUGUAUAAAAUGCUCUCUUCGCAUAUGCUCUUGACGGAGUCACCCUCCCCAGAAUACUUAAAAUCUGACAACGAUUUAGAGUUUUAUUGCCAUCUUCUCAGAGGCAGCUUGAACCCAAAGGAAUUUCCAACUUAUGAAUACAUAAAAUUCGUAGGAAAUUUUCGCUCUUACAACAAUGUGCCUAGCCCCUCCUGUAAUGGCUUCGACACCACCCUCUCAAGGCCGUGCCGCGUGCCUCUGGGAAAGGGAGUCUACUUCAUUGCCACUGUGCGUCUGGCAACACCACAGUUCUUAAAGGAAAUGUGCAUAGUUGAUGAACCGCUAGAGGAAUUCACUUCAAGGCAUAGCUUGGAAUGGAAAUUUUUAUUUCUGGAUCACAGAGCCCCUCCCAUCAUAGGCUACCUGCCUUUCGAAGUGCUGGGCACCUCGGGUUAUGACUACUACCACAUCGACGACCUGGAGCUCCUGGCCAGGUGCCACCAGCACUUGAUGCAGUUUGGCAAAGGCAAGUCGUGUUGCUACCGGUUUCUGACCAAAGGGCAGCAGUGGAUUUGGCUGCAGACGCACUAUUACAUCACCUACCACCAGUGGAACUCCAAGCCCGAGUUCAUCGUGUGUACGCACUCAGUGGUCAGUUACGCAGAUGUCCGGGUGGAAAGGAGGCAGGAACUGGCUUUGGAAGACCCACCUGAGGCCAUGCACCCCUCAACACUAAAGGACAAGGGCUCCAGCCUGGAACAACAGCAGCCCUUCAGCACACUGGACACGGGCACCUCCGGCCUUCACACCAGCCCCUCUCCAUCAGCGUCCUCAAGAAGCUCCCACAAGUCUUCGCACACGGCCAUGUCUGAACCCAACUCCACCCCAACCAAGCUAAUGGCAGAGGCCAACACCACUACUUUGCCAAGAUCAACCACCCUACCCCGAGAGUUACCAGGACCUGGGGCCAGCCAGGCCACCACAAUGCCGGCUCCUCUGCCAUCAGCGUCACCCUGUGACAUCACGCAGCAGCUCCUGCCACAGACCGUAGUGCAGAGUUCUCCUGUCCCCGUGGCCCAGUUCUCAGCACAGUUCAGCAUGUUCCAGACUAUCAAAGACCAGCUGGAGCAGCGGACACGGAUCCUGCAGGCCAAUAUCCGGUGGCAGCAGGAAGAGCUGCACAAGAUUCAGGAGCAGCUGUGCCUGGUCCAGGACUCCAACGUCCAGAUGUUCCUGCAGCAGCCGGCUGUCUCCCUGAGCUUCAGCAGCCCCCAGCGGCCUGAGACCCAGCAGCAGCUACAGCAACGGACUUCAGGGUCUCAGCCCCAGCUCGUGGUGAGCCCUGAGCUCUCGGGGCAGAUGACCUCGGCCCCGGUCAGCAGCCAGCACCUGCUCAGAGAGUCGAGUGUGAUAUCAACGCAGGGUCCCAAGCCACUGAGAAGCUCACAGCUGCUGCAAGGGGGCGGCCGCCCAGUGGGCAGUUUGACGUCCCCGUUCACCAGUGCCACGGCUGUGCUGCCACCAACUCUGAACUUGACCACGCCUGCUCCCGCCUCCCAGGAGGCCAGCCCGUGCCAGCCCAGUCCCGACUUCAGCCACGAUCGGCAGCUCAGGCUGUUGCUGAGCCAGCCUAUUCAGCCCAUGAUGCCUGGAUCUUGUGAAGCGAGGCAAUCCACAGAGAUAGGCAGGACUGGACGGCAAGUCAAGUAUGCACAGAACCAGGCCCUGUUUCCAAGCCCAGAUGUGCACCCUGCCAGCAGCAGCUCCUCCACCCCCAUCCUGCUGAUGGGCCAGGCCGUGUUUCAUCCCAGCUUCCCUGCAUCCCAGCCAUCAGCCUUGCAGCCAGCUCAGGCCCAGCAGCAGCCACAGCAGCACUACCUACAGGUGCAGGCACCAGCGUCCUUGCACAGUGAGCAGCAGGACUCAUUCAUCCUCUCCACCUACUCCCAACAGCCGGGGACCCUGAGCUACGGCCCUCUGCCACCGCCCCCCGUGCAGCCACAGCCCCAACGACCACCCCGAAGGCUCAGCAGUCUGUCUGAGUCCACUGGCCUCCAGCAACCACCCCGGUAGUCUUCGCCCUGGGACUGAAGUCAGGACGAAAUCAGCUUUAACCAAUGGAGUGAGGGGAGGGAUGACGGCCAUGGGAGUUUGAGUGACACCCUAGGCUUUUGUGCACACAUCUCAGAGCUACCAGGUGAUAAACACCUCGCUGGGCGCUGGGCACGCUGCCGGUGCAGUGGGAAAUGACUCGGAAUACCAGCUGUGUCUCCCUUGCCUCCGAGCUUCUGGGACGCACUCUACAGCCAUAGGAACGGGAACUGGACAGGUGCACACCCUGUGGCUCAGUUAGCCUUCACAGAGAGCACACCUUGCUGCGUCCCCCAGCGUGCAGGGGUCGCUCCCCUGGAACCGGCCCGUCCACUCCCAC